AUGGAUGCACUAACUUUCCUGAUGAUUAUUGCCAAAACAGACUAUUUCCCUAUCUUCUUGAUUGGCAAUAUUCUAAAUAGUAUUUAUGAAGUCCUAGUGAACAUUAAGAUGCUGUAUAUUGCCAUCAUCAAAAUCAAAAAGUUGAAUAAUAUCAUGGAUAUUACUAGAGAAGAAAUUGAGGAAGAGGAACUUGACCACACCUGUGUAAUUUGCCAAGACGACAUCGAGACUGGUAAGAUCUUGGAUUGUAAGCAUAUCUUUCAUCUAAAAUGUCUUAAAAAAUGGGUAUUGAAUGAGAGUAGCUGCCCCAUUUGCAAAAGAGACGAUGUAAUCUUUGUUGAUGAAGACAAAAUUUGCAACUUCAAAGCUAAACUCCAGACGAAGCGUAACCUCCUCAAAGCUGGUGUGAAGAAAGAGAAAUUUAAUGAAGAGAUUAACAAAAUUAAGGAAGACAGUGACAACACUAAGAAGAAAUAUUCCCAACUCGAGAAAAAGCAUCUAAGGUUACAAAAGAGAAGGGAGAAAAGACGUGAAAAAUAUGGAGCGGCAGAAGAUAUGGUCUCUCAAGACUCAGACAGUGAAGACACUGAACAAAUGAUCAUCGAAGUCAAGCAAGUUGAGAAGAGGAUAACAUACAUGAUGAGUGAGAUAGCCAAAGCUAAGAAAAUCAUUGAGAAAUAUGAUAAGAAACACAAGAAACGGCUUGAAGAGAAAAGACAAAGAGACGAACAAAGAGCUACGAGUGGGCAGAAUGACUCACAAUCGAUACAAGAUGAGCUCUCUGAUGCUGCCUUUCUAGUGUUGGAUAAGGCUUUGGAAGACCUAGGAAAGAAGGAAAAACUUGGAGAGUCUCCUUCAGACCUUAAAUUGGAAAGACAGAUGUCUAAACCUAUCAGGCUUGGAGACUAUGACAUUGCCCCUAUGAGACAAAAUUCUGAAAGCAGUUUAAUUUUUGAGGCCAAUAAACUUAGACUUAGUGCUAUGAGAGAAGAGCGCAAGAAUCUUGAAGAGGAUGAUAAGCAAGACAAGUUUUCCCUAAAUGCCCAAGACGAUGAUGAGAACUCACCCCGAUCAGCACCAGGAAUCGAAGAGAAGAAUCCACAGGCAAAAAUGGAGUUCCAAAAAUCAAGAUUCUUGAUGCAAGAAGAAGGAGCUGUAUCUCAAAUAAAUGCUGAAGUAAAGUCAAUUGCUGUGAGAGGAUCAGUAAAGUUCAAUCUUUCCGAUGAGCCAGGUCAUACAAGUAAUAUUCCAGAUAAUACAGAAGAGAAUGAGGAUGAAAAUGUAGAUGAUUUAGUUGACCAACAAGAGGAAGCAAAGGGGAGGAACCUCCUUGCUCCUGUAGAACGCUCCAAACCCUUACUAGAUUUCGCCACUUCCAAAGCUUCAGAUGGCCUCUCCAAAGUUGAAGAGGAGGAAGAGAUGGGUGGAAAUGAGCUUGGCUCAAUAAAAUCAAACCAAAAUGAUCCUGAAGAAGAUAAGAGCGACAAAUCUCAAGAAGAGAAGCUUCAGCGUAAUGAUCAUGACAACGAGGUUCAUAUGUCAGAGAAUCUUGAGCCUGAAGAUGACUCUGAUUCUCAAGGAGAGGAGCAAAAUAAGUUAAAGAAAAAUAACAAUGAACUUGAUAAAGAAUUGUCAGUUGAUGAUGCAAAAUCAGUAGAUGAUUCAAAGCCGGUUGAGCAUUUAGAAAGAAACGAGGUGAACUCUGAUGAGGGAUUAAACACACAGAAAAAUCAAGAGGAAUCUAAAAGUGCCAGAGAAGACUCUGACUCUUCUGAAAAAGAUUUUGAUGAAGCUAAUGGUGAUAAUGUUGGGGAGAAAUACAACAAGAUAAUGCAUCUUAUGCCAGAAUCCCCUCAAAAAUUUGAAAAUGAGAUAGAUCAAUCAGAUGAUCAAAUUAAUUCUCCAACAGAAUAACCAAAAUUGUGUCAA